UUCUCGCACGUCUCGCACGCUAGAGAUUGUGCGGAACUGCCGCACAGGGGUUAUGGUGUGACACACAGGCAGGUAUGGAUUCCAGCCCGGAGAAGGUUACCAAGGAGGUCGAUAUUUAUCGCGACACAUGGGUUCGUUUCUUAGGCUACGCCAACGAGGUGGGGGAGGCCUUCCGCGCCCUGGUGCCCGUCGGCGUAGUGUGGGCCAGCUACGCUGUCGCCACGGCCUACGUGUCGGCCGACGCCGUGGACAAGGGGAAGAAGGCGGCUGUGGAACAUGGAGAGAGCCCUGGGAAGACGACGCGGGUGGCGGUGGCGGUGGUGGACACCUUCGUGUGGCAGGCGCUGGCCUCGGUGGCCAUUCCCGGCUUCACCAUUAACCGCAUCUGCGCCGCCUCGCUCUACCUCCUGGGCCGCACCACACGCUGGCCCCUGCCCGUCCGCAAGUGGACCACAACGGCCAUCGGCCUGUCCACCAUCCCCUUCAUCAUCACCCCCAUAGACAGGUCAGUGGACUUUCUCCUGGACUCCAGCCUGCGUAAGGUGUAUGGCGGGGGAAGCAAGCACGAGCCCUAGAGUCCCGCCCGCCCUGGCCCCUCUGACCGGUUGGAGCCAAUCAGAAGCACACAGACACUGACCCAGCCAAUUGGGACGAGGGAGAACGUUACUGUGAUUAACAGUCCAACGUGGUGGCUGUGUCCACUAUCCCUUGAAUAAAUGCACACCAAGUUUAUCUAGGUGUGCGUUUAUUUAAGUGAUACUGUGAGUACCCUUAUGAAAA